GGUUGCCACCCGCCAAAAAAAAAAGGAAAAAGAAGAAGAAGAAAAAAAAAGGAGGGGAACUCUGCUACCUUAGCAGUCGUACUCUACGGAACAAUUUUAAUGUUACUCCAUGAUGGCGGACGUGGCGAUGAGACUCGUGCAGAUGCCAGGGGAUGAUGCCAAGCCUCAGUUUGAGGAUGCCGAUGACCAGAGUGACUCUGAAGUAGGGAGCAAGGACAAAGGAUCAGAGGAUGGAGGGAGUGAUGGGGAGGAGGCAGAGGAUGAAGAAGGAGGAGAGGGUGAGGAUGAAGAUGACAGUAACGCCAAUGCUGGCUGGGCAGAGGCCAUGGCAAAGAUCCUGGGGAAGAAAACUGCUGAGAGCAAAAGCAGCAUCUUGACCAAGAACAAAGAGCUGGACAAGAGGAAGGACAUGGAGAGGCAAGAGCAGCUGGAGAGGAAGAAACAGAUUGACAAGAGGCAAGCAUGGGAGAUGAUGUGCAGGGAGAAACCUGACAUAGUGAUGGACCGAGAGACUGAAAGAGCUCUACAGAGGAUUGCUACCAGAGGGGUGGUGCAGCUGUUCAAUGCUGUAAAGAAACACCAGAAGAAUGUGGAUGACAAGGUGAAGGAAGUAGGUGGCUCAGAGAGGAAGAAAGCCAAGAUUCUUUGUUCUGUUUCGAAGAAAGAUUUCAUCGAUGUGCUGAGGGGGACCGAGGUUGGAAGUGGAGGCACUGGCAAGACUGAAAAAAACGCUGCUGCAGCACAGGACGAGAAACCUGCCUGGAGCGUCCUCAGAGAUGAUUUCAUGAUGGGAGCGUCCAUGAAAGACUGGGACAAAGACAGUGAUAAAGAUGACACCGAUCCACACUCAGCAGGGGGGCUAGAGGAAAGUGAUUCAGACUGACACCAUCCAUACAGACUGCAGGGACUAUGUUGACAUGCCUUCAGGAACAUUCUGGGGGAAAGGAACCCAGAGAAGAGACGGACUGUGCUCUGAAAAGAAGUAAUGUGGAAACCGGACAUACAUAAAGGAGGACACUGGAUGAAGUUGGAGAAUCUUCUCUGUGUGAAGCUCCUGCCCUCCAUCUGUCAGCAUCAGUUUGUUCGGAUUUAGUCUACAAACUGGAAACUUUGUAAAUGUGAAGGUUUUGUACAGUGCUGGUUGAAUAAACAGCCAUGUCAUGUUUCACCUACAA